CAUAUCAGUAGGUUGUAUUCAAGUCAUUCUUUGUUAUUAUCUCUCACUAUUAUUUUGGAGUCUAUGGACUCCUCCUCUCCUUGUUUCAACCUCGUGUAUAUUAUAUCUCUUCACCUUUGAACCAUUCCAUGUAUGGGUAUAUAUAGAGCAAGCUAAGCUGCCGGAACCCUCAUGCAACCAGCUCUCCAUUCCUCUUUCUUCUUCUCCUCCUCAUAGAUUACUGUCUCUUUCUACUGCUGUUCUGUUGCUUUUAGAGGGAGGAUAAGAUGUCAAGGAUGGAGUGCAAGUCGAAGGACGACAGUAGCCCACGGGUGAAGGUGUUCGGCGUCCAUGCGGCCGAGGAGGAGGCCGGUCAUGGAUCCGAUUCGUCGUCAUCCACGACCACCACCGCUGCGGCACCCGGCGGGGCUGGGGACGGCGGAGACGGCCGCAAGUACGAGUGCCAGUUCUGCUGCCGCGAGUUCGCGAACUCGCAGGCGCUGGGCGGCCACCAGAACGCGCACAAGAAGGAGCGGCAGAGGCUGAGGCGCGCCGUGCAGAUGCAGCACCGCCAGGGCGUCGUCGGCUGCUUCCGGCAGCCGGCCGGCGUCCUGUGCCCCAGGAACCCCAUAGUGUCGGCCUUCGCGCCGCCGGCCCACCUCUUCCCGGACUCUUCCGCUACCGGCGGUCCCCCCACCGGCUGGGUCUACUUCUCCCGCGAGCCGUCUGCGCCGGCGCCGGCACCGUCGCCGCCCUUCCACGUGUCGCACGGCUGCGUCUUCCCCUCCUCCUCCGCUGCCCGCGUGCCCCCCGUCACGCCCCUCUACUCCUUCUCCGCCACCGGCUACGGCGGAGAUGCCCGUGGCGGGCGGCUCUACGACGACAGCUCCGUCACGGGGCCGACCUCGUUCGCGAGGUUCACGGUCUCAGGCCCGGGCAAGAUGGUGACGGACUCGGCCAGAGCAGACGACUCGGUCGGGUUGGACCUCCAACUCAGCCUGGCACCUGCCGGGUCAUGACCUCUCUCUCUGAUUCCCAUCUCUCAUAUGAUGAUGAUAACUCCUUUAAGGAUUGUAGUAGAUCCUGUACAUCUGCCUUUCCCUUCCUUAACAUUUGAUUCAGUUCUCGUUGGUGAGCUGAUGAUGAUGCAAAUUUGAAAUCCACAUGCCAUUAAUGUGAUGGGAAAACAAGAAGUACAGGAAAGCCACCAUAUACUCCGCUCGUUUCAGCUCGAACUCAUGUAGGCUUGUCAGCAUGCAAGAAAACAUGCUUGCUGAGAGCACUUGGCUUGAGAUCUAAACACCAGCAGUGGCAGUCGUAUUGUUCGAUGGUGAACCCUAACUCCUCGGCAGUUUCUGCACACCAACCGCAGCAGACGAGGCAUCAUCUUCCCAUGCAGCGAGCAAGGCAUUAAAAGAUUGCAUGAAAGGCACAGUGGAGGGUUGUGCUCUGUGCACCGCAAUAAACUAAGCCUCGCCUCAGCGUCAAGAGACCAAACUUUAUGCUGCAUAACGUGGACGACGCACCGAUUCAGAGGCGAGUGCUGUGUCGCCCUCCCGACUCGCCAACAGCUGCCGCCCCCUACGUUUCGUCUGCUGGUUGGCCGCCUCCCCGUCUCUUCUGUGUUUGGCACCCAAGACGCCGCUCUCCAUGAAUCCACCUGCGAGUGAUUGCCUGUGUACGACGGCAGUAGAGAAGGUGUACGUACGUAGAGACGGCAGCUUUACGUGCAUCAUCUCCUACAUUAAUCCCUUCCUCUCGAUACUUUCUUCGUCGCU